GGGAGGUGAAGUGAGGCGACGCGGGCGGCCGGGGCCUCUGGACUCCGACGCCCGAGGGUGAGGCGACGCGGGCCACCAGGCGGGACUGCCGGGCCGGCGCUAGGUGGUGAGAAGGGAGGCCGAGCUGAAGAAUGUGUGGGCGCACCUCCUGUCACUUACCUAGAGAUGUCCUCACGAGAGCUUGUGCCUAUCACGAUCGACAGGGCCAGCAGCGACUCCCAGAGUGGAGAGACCCCGAGAAGUACUACCCCUCUUACAACAAGAGCCCCCAGUCCAGCAGCCCGGUGCUGCUGUCUCGGCUGCACUUGGAGAAGGGCGCAGACUCAUCAGAGCGGGUCAUUGCCCCCAUGCGAUGGGGCCUGGUCCCAUGUUGGUUCAAAGAAACCGAUCUUUCCAAGAUGCCGUUCAACAUCACCAACUGUCGCAGUGACACCAUCUUGGAGAAACGGUCCUUCAAGGUGCCUCUGGGAAAGGGACGGCGCUGUGUGGUCUUAGCAGAUGGAUUCUACGAAUGGCAGCGGAGCCAAGUGACAAGCCAGAGUCAGCCCUACUUCAUCUAUUUCCCCCAGGUCAAGACCGAAAAGGCAGAAGACGCCACCGGGGCUGUGGAUAGCGCUGAGACCUGGGGGAAAGCUUGGGACAAUUGGAGGCUGCUCACCAUGGCGGGGAUCUUUGACUGCUGGGAGCCCCCAGAGGGGGGAGACCCCCUGUACUCUUAUACCAUCAUCACCGUGGACUCCUGCAAAAGCCUUACCGACAUCCACCCCAGGAUGCCUGCCAUUUUGGAUGGAGAGGAGGCUGUGUCCAAGUGGCUCGACUUUGGAGAGGUGUCUACCCAGGAAGCCCUGAAGCUGAUCCACCCCACAGACAACAUCACCUUCCACCCCGUCUCCUCCGUGGUGAACAACUCCCGCAACGACACGCCCGAGUGUGUCACUCCUCUCAGCCUCGUGGUCAGAAAGGAACCCAAGGCAAGUGGCAGCAGCCAGAUGAUGAUGCAGUGGCUGGCCACCAAGUCCCCCAAAAAGGAGGAACCCAGGUCACCCCAAAAGGACCAGUCCGAUGUUCCGCAGUGGACCAGCCAGUUCCUGCAGAGGAGUCCACCCCCCGCCAAGAGAGCGGCCCCCGGCCUCCUAGACCGAUGGCUGAAGCGGGACAAGGAGGAGCCGGCAGCCAAGCGUCCUCACUGCCAAUAGCGGCCUCCAGAGAGGCCCAGGUGAGGUCCUAGUGGAGGCUGUUGCUCAGGUUCAGGGAGGCUCCUUGCAUUCUGCGUGUGGUCCUGGUUAGGCUGGCCACUGUGGGCUCCCAGGCAGAUCGGCCACCCUGGCCUUGGCGGUGGGCCCCCCCACAGCGCGGGGCUGCUGCUGGGAAUGAGGGGGACCCACUGCUCCAGGCUCUUCCCAGCCGCCAGGUGCUGUUAAAAUUAUGUUCCUAAAGUUUAUUUUUUUCCUGAAUAAAUUAUAUUUGAUAGCUUUGUCCUA